AUGCCGGCCCACGAAGUUGAUCCAUGUGAAGAGCCAUUCGACGACGAUGACUCCGCAGAUGGCUUCGAUAAGCCCAUCAUUUCCUUCCGUGGAGGUUCUGCAUGGCAGUCCCUCAACUUGAACUGUGAAGUUCUCGCGUUGGACCUGUUUUGGCCAACCAAGAGACAGAACCCGUUUGAGAAUCCAUUUCGCCCGGAUAUCAUGCCCCUCGAAGAACUUUCGUCACUUUGCAACUUCAGAAACCUUCGAAGGCUCAAGUUGACGGGAAUGUCCCAGUCAUAUCAGAAAUAUAUCUGGCAGACUGUGUGGCUGAAUCCCGGCCUCGAGGAACUCGAUUUAGAGAUGGCACUCGAGCCCUGUAUUCGACGCACUUUCAAUGCAGACUGGCCAUCUAUCAAGGGAGAUUGGUCAUACCGCACUGUGGAUGAGGCUCCGGGAUCAUACUAUGGAGAGUCUGGAGAGGGCGAAUUACACCGACGUGCUGGAGUCGGAGAAUAUUUAGACAAAGAAGCAAUCGCCGAAGCAAGAGCCAGAGCUUCCGAGAUGGGAUGCGUCCCCGACCGACUGCCAGUCGUCCAGAUAAGCCUCAAUGGCUUCGUGGUUGAUGCCGAUCCGUUCUUCCAGUGGUUUAACCCACACCGUCUCCGAGUGAUCAACUUCAAGAACGACUGUGUCGAUGCAGGCUUUGCUCUCCCACGAUCCAUGAGCGAGCGAGUUGUCGUAUCCUGGCCAAAUAACGUGGCAGAGUACGCCAUGCGGGUGAGGCAUGUCAAACCUGGAGAGGUUAAACUCAUUAAUAUCCCAAAGAGAAAGGGAAAGGAGCCGGCGGCCCUUGACAAGGGCAAACUCGUGGACAUCCCAAAGAAGGGAAAGAAGCCGGCCGACAAGGCAGACGAGCACAAGCUCGUCAACGAAAAGGUCUGCCAAUGGCGUAAAGCCAGCAUCGGCAGAGAGGAUGCAGCCAUCGAGAAAGCACCAGAUUGCUUUCCGGACAAUGGCGACGGCCUGCACCGUCGCACUGCAUUCAGGGCCCGAAGCUGUGCAAGAACCGGCAAGCUGGCGGGAGGCGUCUUCACGCCUGAUGGGAAGCCAACUGGCACGCCCACGAAGCGGAAGUAG